AUGGAGGGGUUGGGUGGGAUUUCAUUCUCCAAAAUCGUGAUGGCCUGCCAGGCACUGAACAGCCUGACAGGUGGUCUUCCUAUCAAUAUAACGAAAUGGGGAUCUCUACUCCACAAUGGAUCUCUGGCGAUGAUGAAGCUCGAUAGACCAAUACCACGGUCGAGUGAUCUGAGCCAGAGAAUAUCAGCACUGUUGUCCCAAGUCGUGAUGGCCUGCCAGACACCGACCAGUCCGGCAGGGGUUUCUUCCUAUCAAUAUGACGAAAUGGGGUGUUACUACAGCGUACCUUUGUGUUCCAGUCCAACAGAUAGAGAGAAUGGAUCUCCGGCGAUGAUGAAGCUCAACAGGCCAGCACAGCACUGGCCGAGCGCUCUGAGCCAAGGACAGGAAGAAGAUAAGUGUUUGAUGCAACGGCAGAUGAAGGCAGAUGAAGGCAGAUGA